AAGCCUUUCUUUACCCUUUGACCCCUCUCUCUCUCUCUCUCUAAGGCCUAAGCUACCAGGAGCUCCCUAUCUACAGUGUUUCCCUCUCUUUCUCUCUCUCUCUCUGCAAAAGCUACGAAGCUGUGUUCUGAUCCUUCAAAUUAGGUACUCUUUUGUUCUCUUCCUACUUUCCCCUCUUCCAAUUCUUCCCUUCCCAACCUGGGUUUUCUCCAUAACCCUUCAAGUUUAACUCUUUUUCCAUUUGGGUCUCUCUCUCCUCCUUCGGAUCUGCUUCUGAUUCCACUUUAAACCGCUAUUCCUUCAUCAAGAUCUAUUUUUUUAAUUCAAUUCUCUCAGGAUCACUCUCUUGCACCUGCUUCUGGUUGUUUGCUUUUUUUGGGGAGUUAAAUGGAUGCUAGGCCGUGGAUUUGGUCAAUUUGAUCUCAAUUGAAAUUUUUUAGUAUUUCUGAUGGACUCGAAAACUAGUUCUAGAGCUCUCCCAAAACACCAUCAGAAGACGGCUGGGAUUCAAACCCUUGAGGCAAAAGACACAGGGUCUUCUUUGCAGAAGGGGGAGAAAACAGAGCUGGCUGCUCCUGUGGAUUUGUCUAUGUAUGCAGCGAACGCAUCCAAGCAGAAUACCGGGGAAACUGCUGAAAUCAAGAAGUUAGGAGGUUUAACCCUAAAGGGGUCUGCUGAUUCCAUGAGCAUUAAAAGUGGUUCUGGUGCUUCCUCAUCUGUUCUCGACAAAGUAGUUCAUGCUGCUAAUGAGAACAUAGUCUCACAGGAAAGCUCUAUUGAUCUAGACAAAAAGACGUCGGAAGAUGGAAGUGUGAAGAACAGUUCUGUUUCUGCCAAAGUUAGUGAUGGGGCCAGCAGUCUUGCAAAGACAAGUGGAAGUGCCAAGAUCAGCAACCGGGCUGAUUUUGUUGAGAGUGGUAAGAGCAGUAUUUGCAGAGGAAGCACAAGCAGUGAUGUGAGUGAUGAGAGUACUUGUAGUAGCUUUAGUAGCAGCAUAAACAAACCUCACAAGGCUAAUGACUUGAGAUGGGAAGCUAUCCAAGCAGUUCGAAGUAGAGAUGGGGUGUUGGGUUUAGGUCACUUUAGAUUACUGAAGAGGCUGGGUUGUGGGGAUAUUGGCAGCGUUUACCUCUCCGAGUUGAGUGGAACUAAAUGUUACUUUGCAAUGAAGGUAAUGGACAAAGGGUCCCUUGCAAGUCGUAAAAAGCUACUUCGUGCUCAGACAGAACGAGAAAUUCUGCAGUCUCUAGAUCACCCUUUUCUCCCAACUUUGUACACCCAUUUUGAGACAGAGAAGUUCUCAUGCUUGGUUAUGGAAUUCUGCCCAGGUGGUGACCUCCAUACUCUUAGGCAGAAGCAACCAGGGAAGCAUUUUCCUGAGCAGGCAGUAAAAUUUUAUGUGGCAGAGGUCCUACUGGCUUUGGAGUAUCUUCACAUGCUUGGGAUUGUCUACCGUGACCUUAAGCCAGAAAAUGUUCUUGUUAGGGAUGAUGGACAUAUUAUGCUCUCUGACUUUGACCUCUCCCUCCGAUGUGCUGUUAGUCCGACCCUCGUUAAAACCUCGUCCACAGAUUCUGAGCCUUUAAGAAAGAAUGCUGUUUACUGUGUCCAACCUGCAUGUAUUGAGCCACCUUCCUGCAUCCAACCAUCCUGUGUUGCUCCUACUACAUGCUUUUCACCCCGGCUUUUCUCUAGCAAAUCAAAGAAAGACAGGAAGCCAAAAAAUGAAAUCGGCAACCAAGUGAGUCCGUUACCUGAGCUCAUUGCAGAGCCUACCGAUGCCCGGUCCAUGUCAUUUGUUGGAACUCACGAAUACUUGGCACCGGAGAUCAUUAAGGGUGAAGGUCAUGGGAGUGCAGUUGAUUGGUGGACUUUUGGGAUCUUUCUAUAUGAGCUGUUGUUCGGUAAAACGCCUUUCAAGGGAUCCGGUAACCGAGCUACAUUGUUUAACGUUGUCGGUCAGCCACUGCGGUUUCCAGAAGCACCCGUUGUGAGUUUUGCGGCAAGGGAUCUUAUAAGGGGGUUGCUUGUAAAGGAACCUCAGCACAGAUUGGCAUAUAAAAGAGGCGCUACUGAGAUCAAGCAACACCCCUUUUUUGAAGGUGUGAAUUGGGCAUUGAUCAGAUGUGCUACCCCACCCGAGAUCCCCAAGGCUGUAGAGUUUGAGAAGAUACCCUCACCAGCUUCAUCAAGUGGUGGUGAAAAGGCUGUUAACCAUAUGUCAAUAGCUAAUCAGAAAGGUUCUGAUAAUUAUCUGGAGUUUGAUUUCUUCUAGAGAGAGGGUAGAGACAAUAUAUUGAUUGCAAAUGGUUUCUGUUAAGAGGGGGAGGAACUGUUUUUCAAUGUUUCAGGAACAGAUAUGAUGAGGAAUUGUAUGUUUGUUUUUGUUGGCUAUUUGCAGUUUCAAAUUUGUAUGGCAUAAUUAAUGCAUAGCUUCUCUGUCAUCUCAAAAAAAGGCUUAUAAAAACAACAUUUCAACACUGCCUGCCAAUGCACUACUAGGAAUUCCAACCAGCCAAUGGUGGUGAUGAUGCUCUUAAGGUCCCAAUGGUAUUGGUAAGUAUGUAAUUGUGGAAAAUGGAGCACAUGGGCAUCAAACAAAAUGAAGAUUUAGUAUAUUUUUAUUUGCUUUGUAAACAAGUGUCAUGUCAUCACAAAAGGACUUUUUUCCGCUUAGAAAUUCACCAUUGCCUGAAUGCACUGUCAUAGAAUCUAAAUCCAAAAAUCAAUUAAAAUGCAGAAUUAGUCUGUUUAUGUGUUUUUAUUUAUUUGUUAUGGCAAUAUAAUUAGUAAGAUUUUUCUUUCCAUGAGCAUUACUAUUGGUCGUUGGACACUGUAGGAUUACGUUUAGUUGAGAAAUUUGUAUCCUCUCCUCUUGGUAAAGUUCCUCCAAGGGAUGAAUGUAAUGUAAGACAUUCUUAGCUAAUUGAACGUUUUAUUUUAGACA